AUUUAGCAACUAGUCAAAAUAUUGAAGAGCAUAUUUCAACUGCAGUAAAUUUAAAUAAUAACAAUGAUGAGGAUAUAUUUGCUAAAAUGUGGGCUGAUGAUCAGAUACUAGUAAAAGACGAAGUCACUCAUUAUUUAUGCUAUCCUAAUAAACGAAGAAAUCUUGAUUCUUUGAUUUGGUGGCAAGGGCAUCAGUCUAAAUCAUCGGAAGACAAGGAAAUAGAUGAUUUUCUAGAUUCAACAUAUAAAGAAAAGGUUAGUAAAGAGAGAAUUAGGGAAAAGAAACUCCGGAAACAAAACUUAUCUUCAGAUAAUACUUCAUCAGAAGAGUGGUAG